AUGCCGCGAGGGCUCAUCGCCCCACUACAUGCUCUCACGGUUCUGAUUCUUUCUUGUCUCGCCCAUUCCGAGCCAACCCUCACCAGCCUCAACAGAGCUAUAGCAGCCCGCUCAUCACCCACCGCCCAGGCCCACGACGCGCCGUUGCUCUUCCCUGGAGCCUUGCGUGACCCGUCCUAUUUGCCUGCGGAAAUCGGUGGCGUCAUCGCAGCCUACGGCGUGUCCCUUGUCUUCGUCGCAAUCACUCUGCUUGCGCUGGCAAAGAAACGACGCGAGCACCUCAAGGCCGCUCAGGACGAGUUUGUCUUUGAAGCACCGGCAGACUUCUGCAGCCCAGAUCGCGCUCCCGGGGAACUUCAUUCUUAUCCAGACGCCGCACGAGUGCCCAAUUUCUCCUACCCUUCACCCAUCAACACCGACUUCAACGUCUCGAGCCCUCACAUCUAUCCGUCGCCGACGUCGACUGCCGGUGCCCCGGGAGUCGAUCUUGCUGUCGAUCAGAGGGUCGUUCAGGCAGACCGAGAGAUGGCCCAGCAACAGCUCGAGGAGAUGUACAGGCACGUCAUGGAGCACGAGGAGGCCAAGGAAAACGGCACCGUGCCCGACGCACCCGUCAUCCCCAGGCCGCCUCAGAAUCACGCUCCAGACUCGAUGGGCUCCAAGAAGGAGAGAUCCAAACCCGCCAGCCUCAACCUCAGUCGAGGUGUUGAAGAAAAGUCACACUCCAAAGCACACUCUUUCUUCUCCGCACUCCGCUCACCCAGGAAAAAGUCCAUCAAAGGCAUCUCCAUUUCCUCGCCCAUCAUGACGCCGCAUUCUUCCACUUUCCCAGUACACGACUUCCAGGAAAUGAGUCCCAUGGCCCCGAGGCCUUACGCUCCGGCACCUCCAGCCCCCGAUCAACCGGCCAGCGUGCAGACCAUAGAUGAGCGCAUCAGCGCGUUGUCUGGCACCGCCAGCGGCAGCAGACAAGUCUCGCAGGCUCCCACCGAGGCGGACCCGGCAUCGGCCACGUCGGAGCAUUCUCAGGUCCCUCUGGUCGGACUCCCGUCGUCGCCCAAGCCCUCGGCCAAACCUCCCCAGCUUCCCUCGUCACCCAAGCCAGGUGCCAGCUUCCGGAAGCCCAACGCUCCUUCGGCCGUGCGGACAGGAGGCACCCUGCCGCUACGAGCCUACGAGCCGGCCAUGAGCUCGCCGUCUGCCAUGGCUUAUACCACCAAGCAGACGGUGUUUGAGAGGAGAGGGCCGCUCUCCCCGACCACGGGCAGGACCCCCCGCACGGCUGGGGCGGUUCCGUACUCGCCAUAUCAGCCCAACACGCCCUGCAUACCGGUGACGCCGUCGCUGGUCACCAAGGAGGACAGAAGACGCAUGAAGAGAAUGAUACCCAAGACGCCUACAUUGGAGAUGGUCAAGAGUUCCGACGAUGUAUGGUAG